AUGUCCACACGAAACCUGCACAAGGAUCUUUAUAGCAGCUUUAUUAAUAAUUGCCGAAACUUGGAAGAAAUCAAGAUGUCUUUCAGUAGGUACAUGGUUCAUUCUGUAGAUAAUACACGCAUGGACCUGAUCAUCCCUGGGGAACAGUAUUUCUACUUGAAGGCCAGAAGUGUGGCCGAGAGACAGCGGUGGCUGGUAGCCCUGGGGUCAGCCAAGGCUUGCCUGACGGACAGUAGGACCCAGAAGGAAAAAGAAUUUGCUGAAAACACUGAAAACUUGAAAACCAAAAUGUCGGAACUUAGACUCUACUGCGACCUCCUUGUCCAGCAAGUGGAUAAAACCAAAGAAGUGACCAGCACUGGCGUGUCCAGCUCUGAGGAGGGAAUCGAUGUGGGAACUCUGCUGAAAUCUACCUGCAAUACUUUCCUGAGGACUUUGGAGGAAUGCAUGCAGAUCGCAAACGCCGCCUUCACCUCCGAGCUGCUCUGUCGCACUCCCCCAGGGUCACCCCAGCUGGCCAUGCUCAAGUUCAACAAGAUGAAACAUCCUGUUGUACCGAUUCAUAAUUCAUUGGAAAGGCAAACGGAGUUAAGCAAUUGUGAAAAUGGAUCUUUAAAUAUGGAAAUAAAUGAUGAUGAAAUCGAAUUGAAAAACAAGAGCUCCUUAUAUCUGAAAUCUGCAGAGAUAGAUUGCAGCAUAUCAAGUGAAGAAAAUGCAGAUGAUAAUAUCACAGUCCAAGGUGAAAUAAUGAAGGAAGAGGGAGGGGAGAGCCUGGGAAAUCAUGGCAGCGACUUGGCACAGCCUGAAGCAAAUUCCCCAGAAUCCCACUGGGAAGAAGGCCAAGAAGCCAUCCCAACUUUCUUUAGCACCAUGAACACCAGUGUAGACAAACUUGGCCCUACAGUGUUUGCUCCUGUUAAAAUGGAUCUUGUUGGAAAUAUUAAGAAGGUGAAUCAGAAGUACAUCACCAACAAGGAGGAGUUUACCACCCUCCAGAAGAUAGUGCUGCAUGAAGUGGAGGCAGAGGUCGCCCAGGUUAGGAACUCAGCCACGGAGGCUCUGCUGUGGCUGAAGAGAUUCUCACGGGCAAUUCUUUUGCAGUUAGCUUUGAGGGCGGCUCCCUCCUACGAAGAUUUUGUGGCCGCAUUAACCAUAAAGGAAGGCGACCACCUGAAGGCGGCUUUCAGCGUUGGGAUGCAACGGGACCUCAGCCUUUACCUCCCUGCCAUGGAAAAGCAGCUGGCAAUUCUGGACACUUUAUACGAGGUCCACGGACUAGAGUCUGACGAGGUGGUAUGACGUCCGCAGGACAGCGCCGCCUCCUAACUUCAGGGAAUGGCGUUUGCUGAAGAGUUUUGUUGCCCUACUUAAUUUCCAGCAGCAGCUUCAACCCUCUCCACCCCUUACUUGGGGGGAAGGAGGAGGGGAGGCAAAGCCUAGUGCUUUUAUAUAUGAUUUUUUUUUAAUGCUUAUGUGUUUUUGUGUGUUUAAAAAUCAAGGUGCUAUAUAUUUCAGUUCAAAGGGCCUCCUGAAAACCAAAUCAUAACUGUUAUAUAGACUUGAACAGCAAAUUAUAAGAGCAGAUUUGACAAAUGAAUUUGUUGGUAUUAUGUUUUGUUUUGUUUUUAGCCUUGAGUUUUAAUGGGCCACCCAAACCCAAGCUGGAAAUGAGCAAAUUCUGUACCAAGGACUAGAACUCAUAGCCAGGGAGUGUUUCAGUCGACUUAGAAUUAGACUAAAACGUUGGAGGGAGCUACGCCCCGUUGUCAAAGCUGUUGAAACGUAGACUUUUCUGCGCUUAGACGGUCUUCCAGAAUGCUCUUCUCCGUAGCUCUGUGGGCGAGAAGAGCCUGUGUCGUCCAGGUACUCGGGACACUGGUGUGACCAUGGCAGUGUGGGAGGUAGAAGACAAAAAUGAGGAGGGCCAUCGUGUUUACAGACUGAGAUGCUGUGACUCCGAAGAGAUGAGUGGUGCCCUAACCCCAACCUGGAGGACAGUGCGGGAGUGAUGGGGACAGGCCCUCCGAGGUGGCCCAUCGAGCGCCCACCUCUGGCAGCACGCUUUCCCAGGCAUUAUCUCAAUUGGACAUCACAGUGAAGCCGUGACAUUCAGGGAUUAUCACCCAGUUUCAGAAGCAAGGAUGAGAGGCUGAGGGAUUUGCUCACAGUCGUACAGCCUCUAAGUAGAGAGACCAGGUGAUUUCUGGUAUGAUCUGGACCACCUCUGUGUACAUAGAGUGCUUCUUGCAUAGCAAACCCUCAGGCCUUACCCCAACCUACGCGACCAGAAUUGAGGGGGUGGGACUUAGGACUCUGCCUCUGAGUCCGCUCUUCAAGUGAUUCUUGGUGCGUGCAGGGUUGAGGAACCAUGAGAUUAAAUUCUCCUUUAUGGAAUUCGCAGUGUUCUGCGUGAACUAAAUGAUGUGUCCUUGUUUCCAAAGAGGAGUCGUCUGUGCUUGCAAUAAAAUAGUGAAAGGGAGAGUGAGACAUGGACCGAGUUUACUCAACAACUUUCUUAAUUGAACCAGCAUUGGCGCCCAGCCGGCAGGCCUUGGUGUCACAUUCAGGGACCAUGGUUCCCGGUGUGCUCUCUCAUCAAUCUUGCUUUAAUCAGCAGUGGUGCAGAGCAAGCUAAAUGCAUCUGCUUAUCAAUCUCAAAAGCUUUGGGGACCAACCGUGUCAGAGUUAGUAGUGGGAUUGAAUUCUUUCAUAAAACAACCGUAUGGAGAGGAGUCUUUCACUCCUGAGAAGAGCGACACUAGUUCUGUGGCCCACGUCUCUCUGGGCCAAGCUGCCGAGAGUGAGGGAGAGAAGCCACGGGUGCCUUCCCCGUGAGACGCUGCUUCCUCAUGGGAGCUGGAAGGGACUGCCCCGCAGGAGGUAGUUUCCCAGGGUAGAAGGUGAGUUCUUUGAAGGGUGCAGGUGAACGCCACCUGAGCAGCCCCUAGGGCAAAGAGAACCCUCUCCUCAGGCAGAGAGAUUAAUGCAGGGAGGGUAUUAUUGAUUUUAUCUUUUGUCUGUCUCUCAACAAAUGGGCAUUUAUUUAGCUCAAAUUAAUGAUAGAGGUACUCUGCUCACAUAAGGACUUCUGGAAAAGGCUUAAACUUAGUAAAGCAAUGUCAAAUGUUUUAAGGCUGUGGAGGAAAAGGGUGCUAAAAUGAUGCUGAUUCUUUUGUAUUUUAGCACUUCCUGUUGGCAGCCGCUGAGGUGUUGUGUGUUGUCCCCACCGCCACCACCACCAGGAGUAAGCGGUGUGUCUCCUUGUCUAGCUAGUGUGACUACGAUGGUGGGAGUAGGAGCUAAUUCAGACUGCCUGCCCUUGACGUAGCCUCCUAAAAGCGAAAAAGAGAGAACAGCCAACCUUUGUUCAUACCUUGAAUGAAGACACUUUAGGCGUUGAGCCGUUGGGAUGAGAUGCUACCAGAUUGUAAGUGUCGUGAAGCAUGACCAUUCUCACCAACUGCUGGUGCUCCUGUCACCUAAGGUGAACCCAUGUGAUGGUCUGGAGCAUGGUGGGCACACAGAAGGUACCUCAGAUUUGCCCCCGAAGCUCUGAAUACACACAAAAAGAAAGCUGCUCAGGUGGCCAUUUCACAAUUAUAUACAUAGCUACUGCCUUGGUGUAUAUGACUGAGUUUCUGAGGAAGAAGGAUUUAAUAUUAUCUGGGAUCACUGGGAACCCAGAUGAGAAUAGCUUGAAUAACGUGGAUGAGUUACAUUUUCUACUCACCCUUUUCCUAUCCUAUAGGAAAGGGGUAAUGUUUUUGAUCCAUAUUUUCCUCACUGGAGCAUAUUAAGUUUGCCUAAGAUGUUUAAAGCUCUGAGAGUCCUUCAAAAAAAAUAACGAGAAAGUGCACCUAAUACUAGGUGGUAAAUUCAACUGGACCUGAAGCUUGGCACAGACAGAGCUUCCUCUCGAAUCUACAGUAUUAGCUUCUCCAUUUUAAAGUCCUAAUUUGUGCUAAUUUGCAUUGACUAUCCAAGAAUGGGACAAAGAGAAAAGAUAAUUAAGGCUUUAUCUCCAUAAUCCUCCAAGAUUUCAGAACAUCUAAGCUUUCUUUCACCCUGACAGUGAGAGGAGAUGAGAAAAUGCUCCAGUGAUUGUUGACAGAACAGCCAUCCUGCUCUUCUUUGCUCAAACAUUUUUAGGAUUCCUUUUCUAGAGGAACCUGUAGUGAGACCCUGAAGAAAAAAGAUGGUGUGUCUUCUAGGUAUCAGUAGACGCUAGUAAGUUACAUUUGGCUUUCAUGCACACAGUUUCACAAUGUCUGCACUCCACCCACACUCAAGAGGGAUCAAUGGUCAUUUGUCUAACUGAACAAAAUCCUUUCAAAGAUGGCAGGUUUUUUUUUCCUUUGAAAGCAAAUUUUACUGAAAUAGCUAAUCCUGGUGAAAAAUGUUAAGUUGGAGGGAUACCUUUUGGGGGCAAAACCAACUUGUGCCUGUGGAGUGGAGACGAUUGUCUCAUCCGCUCUGCAGGGAGUUCUAGAAGUGGGGCUCUCAGAAUGGUCAGCAUGUCGGGCCCCGGGGACUGGCUUCGAAACACGGUGUUCAUUAGGUUGUGUAGGUAGUGGCUUGAGGCACCUUGUCAUCAUUAUGUGCCUGCUGUUCUGAACCUAAAGCAUCCCCAAAUGUCAUAUUCCACAAUGAAGGAUAUCUGAACUCCAUAGUUCAGCUUUGCUGCUUCUCUCUUCUCCUCUCGGGUACUAAAGGUUGCCAGCGGUGCUCCCAUCAGAGCACCAAACCCAUCCCCCCUUUUAGCUGUCCUUCCCUGUUCCUCAGCAGCACCUUCUAGCUGUAUGUGGAGCGUCUGGCUCAGACCUAACCCAGGGUAAGGUGCCCAGUCGGUGGGGAUUCGGUUCCCCUCCCCGACUGCAAGAGCUUAAAGAACGCCUCUCCCAUUCGUAGCUGUGAAGCAGGUGGCCACCAUGAUGUGUGGCAUCUAGGAAAGGGGACCUAUUGUUAGGUGAGUGUUGCUGGCAGUGUGCAGUCUUCUCUUUUUUGAUUAUUAACUGCGUAUAUGUAUGUAUCCAAAGGAUUAAUGCUUUUGCCUUCAUAGUUCCAGAAAAGUAUUUUUAAUUUAAAAAACUAUGUGGUAGGGACCAACAAAUAAAGUACACUUUUCUUGAUUCGGUUUGAAAUAAGUGAAAGAGUUGAAGUAAGAGGUAUCUUAUUAAGGAAAUGUAAUCUGAUUGUGCAAAUCGUAUGUGAAGAAGUAUCAUUUAAGGCAGUAGAGAGCAUCAGAGGGUCAUGAGCCAUCUUGUAAGAUGAUGUGAAACAUUUUGGAAACUUUCUGAAGGAAAAUUAUUUUUAUGUUUUGUUUCGUUUUCCCACUAAACUGCCGUGUCCUAUGAGAAGCUGGUUACACAAUAGUGCAUUUCUGAAUCACUGAUUAAAACCAGUUGCUUUUGAUCCUAGACAUAGGUUUUAUGACUCUUCAGCUACCCCACUCCAUGUUUCAUUUUUUUUAAGAUGAACUGUCAACCUUUUUUUACAUUUUUAGAUUUAGAAUUUGUAAGUAAAAUAUAUUUUAAUCCAUUGUUCUAUUAGCUGAGCUAAUCUGUGUGUUUGGUCUUAGAGGGCCUGACUUCAGAUGCUCUUUGUGGUCUGAUACGGUCUGCCCGAAGGCUUCCGCAUGUGCAGUAAACCUGUGUUCCUGUGAAGUGUAUAUAGAGUAUUUAGAGCAAUGUUCUGUCUCUGGAUGUCCCUUUGUAAUCUGCAGCUGCUUACUCAGGGGUUUCGUAAUAAAGACAUAAGAUAUUCACUAGCUGUCUAAUGGCAUUUGAAGACUGCAUAUCUAUUACAAGGAUGUUAGGGGUACAUUCAACAACUGUAUGAGCAUACCAAUCACUAGCCCAUCUCUGUAAGUGUUCCCCAUUCCCACCCGGUUCCAGUCCAUAGUUCUGUGUACAGGGGCCAUUUGCAUGACUCCUCCUUGCACUGCUGCAUUACAGCACUCCGGGGCAUGAUUAAGCGAUUAUUGACGGUACAGUUGAUGCAUGCAUUGAUCUUUCCCCUCCACUGUUUUUAUAUAACCUUUCCUUAAAAGGAAAACACAUACCACUACUCUGUAACGCAAAAGUGUUCAAAAUUCUUUCGUUUACCCUUUUUAAUCACUCCUCUUUCAGAGUGAACAGAUGUUUUCAGCUAAGCUAUGGGAGAACCCUGCUUGUUUUAAGCACUAUCCUUUCUAUUAUAUAUAUUUUUAAAUGGGGUCAGUAUUUCCUCUCUGUACUGUAUAAACAGAAACCACCCUGGGAUGGUUGGUACCACUUGCAAAGCGGAUCUCAUCCACACAGACUCCUAUGUGUGUCUCUUCAAAGGGAUACAUGGAAUCAGUGACGACAAGAAAGGUGAUCUAGAAAUAAUUUCUGUUGUUUUCCAGAAGGCUAAUGAGCCAGUCUCAUGGCAUGUUUGAUGUAUGAGUCCCCUGUGCCAUGACAGUCUCACUAGAGUGUCAGUAAACAGCCCAACUACCUCAUGUGAAAUUGGCUGUGGACAAUCUGUGUCAGUUGAGACAUGUGUUAAAGUCAAUUUAAUCUGGUUGCUAGAGUAGACAAAAUGAUGUCUCUAUAAAGAAGAAACACAUUAGACCAGAUGCCAAAGGCUACGAUGUACAUAGAUUUCCUUGGAUGAAUUUUUUAAGUCAAUGUUUAAUUCUACCCCCGGUAUUCUUAUCUCAAAUGUUUGUGGUUUCGUAGAUCCGUGCACUUUGAACAUCUGUCACAUGCAGUCUUGUGUUACCUGCUCUUGUCCUUAAGCAUUUUGAUUGAGCAUCAUAAUGACAGUAGAAAGCAAGUGUUAAGUGGUUUGUUGAUUUCUUCAUUUUAAUGGGGCUUUGCUUAGACUGUAAUGUGUUGGAGCCUUUUAGGACCAACCGAUGAAUGAGGAUUUCAUGUUUAGGUUCCAUGUAAAACUCUGUUCAAGUUCUUUCUCUGUAUCUUGGGGGGAGGGGGAAGGUUUUACUUUUUUUGCAAAAAUGUUUGAAAACAUCUGUCAGAUUUUAUAUUCGCUAGUUAUAAUAAACUUAUUUUUAAA